GGCCGAGGGAACCGGCGGUCCCGUUUUCCCCCAUUCCAGAGGAGCGAGGGAGAGCGGGCUCCAUCCCCGCGAAGCUGCCGGAGGAAGCAUGAGGCCCCUGGUCUGCUGGCUGGGGCUGGCUGUGCUCCUGGGGCCCUGUCUGGCCUGUCCCGGCCCCUGCUCCUGCUCCACCAAGAAGAAUGGGCGGCUCUUGGCCGAGUGCGCCUACAAGGACCUCCAGGAGGUACCCAAGGGGCUGUCCUCCAAUGUGACCAUCCUCACCUUGUCAGCCAACAGGAUCGGCUGGUUGGGGCAGGCUUCCUUCGCCGAGGUUCCCGAAGUGCAGUCGCUGUGGUUGGGCUACAACCAGGUCGGGGUGGUGGAGCCGGGGGCUUUCUCCUUGUUACUGCACCUGAAGAACCUGGACUUGAGCCACAACAAGAUCAUGGAUUUCCCCUGGCAGGACCUCCGCAACCUCAGCGGCCUGCAGAUCCUGAAGAUGAACAACAACCGCCUGGCCGGGCUGCCCAGGGAUGCCUUCCACUCCCUGAAGGACCUGCGUUCCCUCUGGCUCAAUGACAAUGAGUUGACCACCUUGGCCGAGGGCACCUUCGAUAACCUGCCCUCCCUGUCCCAGCUUCAGAUCUUCAACAACCCCUUUAACUGCUCCUGCAAGGUCUUCUGGCUGAAGAAGUGGACUGAGAACACCUCUGUGUCCAUCACCAAGGGGGGUUCUACCCUGUGCGUGGCUCCCGGCAGGAUGAAGGGCAGGGCAGUGACAGACAUCCCCGACCACUACUGCGUUGCCCCCUCCGUGCAGCUCACCUACCUGUCCAACCUGGACAACACGGUCAUGUACGACGGCCUCACGCUGACCCUGCACUGCAGCGUGGCGGGCAGCCCUCCACCAGAGAUCAGGUGGAAGAUCCAGACCUCCAGCCGCCGCAUCGAGAUCAACGGGCCCAACGUGGCGCGGGAUGGAAACGUCAAGCAGAGCCAAGAGCACUUCUUGGUCUUCAAGAACGGCACCAUGGCCAUUCCCAACUUCAGCAAGCAGGAUGAAGGCAUCUACACCUGCCUCGCUGUCAACGACGUGGGAACACGGGAUGUCUCGGUCAACGUGGCCUUGGCUGGGUCAGAGAAUCCAGCUGAAGAUCUGCUCCGAGAUGACCCCCACGCUGGCCACCUUGGGGACCGGAGCUGCUAUAAGGGGGACGAGAUAGAUCCUUCUGGUACUGGAGAAAAGCUGGUGAUCGUUUACCACAUACCAAGGGAGUCCAAGAGCAGGGCUGGAGGAGCAGUGCCCCAGGUCCAGCUGGGGACGCUCCUGCUGGCUUUGGGCAUCGCACUCUGUUGUUAAAGGGGGGAGAAGGAAACGGUGCCACGGGGGUCCCCCUCUUUCUGUAGCAUUUAUCUUCAUGUAGUGCCAUGCCUUUGCUGAGCUUCUGGGAACUGUGGGCGGUCAGGAGUGAAAGGGGGCCAAGACUCAGGCCCAGGGUUGGUAGUUCAACCCCUCCUUAGAUGGGGGGUCAGGGCUGGGCUUUGUUAGUUGAGAGCUUCAAACAAGCUCGGGUGAUGUAGAGCAGAUCUGCAUUGUGCUGCUGCUUUCAGGGGUCCAAACCUGCCACCUCCUGACUUAUCUCCCUCCUGAGACCAAAGCAGGAUUAAAGUCCAUUGUCAACAGGGUGACCAUCACCCAUCCCCAGAGCCUACCUCCACCUGCAGCAGCAAGCUCUGACCAGGGAGGGCAUCUCUGGUCCAGCAGCACCAAAGAUGACACUCCUGCUGUGACCGGUGCCCGGGCCCUUGGCCGGCCAGGCGCAUCCUUCCUACCACCAACCUCACAUGAAGCACCAGGAAGAGCAGGACCAGUCUUAGAGUAGGGGAAUAGCAUGGACAUGGGAUCCUGGGGGCCCAGGGGACAUGGAUCUGAGGGACAGAGGUAUGGUGGUGCUUUGUAGGCAGGAGGGGUAUGGCAGGACACGCUGGAUGGGCCUGUGGGCUUGGAUCAGGCCAUUGUAUGGAGCAGAAGAAGCUGUCCCACAGGCUUCAAUCCUUCAGGAGCACAAAGGGCACCCACUGGCUGGGUGCUGGGAGCACCCAGGGUGCCUGCACCCUUCCUGCAUGUCGCAGGAUCAGGCCCUGCCGCCCUCAGUACCUUUCCCAGAUGCAGCUCAUUUCCUCCCUCCCCUUUGCCUUUCACUGCUGAAGCCUGUGGUCCAAACUGCUGGUCUGGGCUGGACCCACCGAGCUGACCUGCUCCAGCUCUGACCCCAGCAGGGAGGGAUGGAGCUCAAAGAGAUGAAAACAAUGUCCCAGCGCUCCUCUUUGAUGGCAAACCAAGCAGGGGCUGCAUGAUGGAAUGGGAGGAAGAAAGAUUGGGAAAACCCAGAUGAGAGAGACAGAAACUGAGCUGACCUAUAAGGCAUAAACAAACUCCUUAAGUGCUUUAGCAUUCCCACACGGGACAUAUAUACCAUACCCGGCUGCCUAGGGUGCUGGGGAACCCCUUGUCUCCUGGUGGGGGGGCUAAGCAUAUCCAUCUCCCCUACCCUGAGGUAUAGGUGACCCAGCUCUUGUGUCUUCUGCCAGUGCUCGCCUGCGGGAGCUGGAUGGACCCCUGCAGCCCCCUUGCCUUGUAACCAAAGCUGUAUGGACAGCAAUAAAUACUGAUUGUUGUUUUCUAAA